UCGCGGCUGCCAAGAUUGCGGUCACGUGACCCUCCACUUCCAAAAUGGCGGCGUUGUUGUUUUGAUGAAUAAUACUUUGUGUUUGUUUCAUUAUAGAUUCCCGUUAGAAAUAGUCCGGAAAAAUACAACCCUUAUGGUUAUAUAAUUUUAAACGUAUAUAUUAAAGUAAGCAAGACUUUCAGAGAUUUGUCGUAUGCGUAAGACUAUGCACUUUUGGUCAUACUAAAUUUGGAAUAGAAGGUUAGCUGGCUAGAAGUGAAAUUGAAAUUAGCUAGCAGAUAACAAAAAAGAGAUGGAAGAGUUGAGUGCCGACGAGAUCCGGAGAAGACGUCUAGCCCGGCUGGCGGGAGGGCAGACGUCGCAGCCCACCACGCCCCUCAGCACCCCCCUGACCUCGCCACAGAGGGAGACCCCGCCAGGCCCGCCGCACGCCCCUCCGCAGGCCCUGGGGCUCAGCGUCCACAGUAUGACUCCUGCCACCUCUCCCAUCGGGGCCACCGGAGUAGCAUACCGCAGUCAGAGCAGCGAGGGAGUCAGCUCCCUGUCCAGCUCACCAUCCAACAGCCUGGAGACUCAGUCGCAGACACUGUCCCGCUCACAGAGCAUGGACAUAGACACGGCCGCCUGUGAGAAGAGCUUGUCACAGGUAGAUGUGGACUCGGGGAUAGAAAACAUGGAAGUAGAGGACACUGACCGCAGGGAGAAGAGGAACCUCUCAGACAAGGACUCGGCCCCCAGCCCUGACGUGACAGAGGAGCAGGCCCUGCAGCUCGUCUGUAAGAUCUUGCGCGUUUCCUGGAAGGAUCGUAGCCGUGACGUUAUCUUCCUGCCGAUGCUCGCCGCUGAGUUUCAGCAGAGCCCCAAACAAGUUUUCUCUGACUUUAAGGACUUGAUUGGCCAGAUCCUAAUGGAGGUUCUGAUGAUGUCCACCCAGUCGCGGGACGACAACCCCUUUGCCAGUCUGACGGCGACAUCACCGCCCAUUGCAGCGGCCAGAUCUCCCGAUCGCCACCUGACACUAGCGGCGCCCUCGAGCCAGGGGGGCAGUCCUAUGAUUGCCCCUGCUGGCUCCUUUGGAGCCGGCUCCCCCUGCAGUCUGUACGCGUGCAGUCCUCAUCCGCAGGCUCUGAGCGUUGUGCGGAUGCCCCCCCCAUCUCUUCCGGCAGCCCCCACCACACCUGUGACUGCUCCCUCUUCCGCACCUCUGGCUUCUCGGCCCCGUUCCCCUGUCCCCGCCCUCCGUGGCCCCGCCUCUGUACCUCUGCCAAUCAGUGCGAGGUACCGCCCCUACUCACCGUGGGGCCCCACCUCUCUCCCUGGUGCCAGCCCUGUCUCCGCCCACUCCCAGUCACCACGCCCACACAGGAGCGUGCUCCUCCCCCAGCUGCGUGGCUCACCAGGUGCUGUGACCCAGAGGAGUCCUCAAACCAGCCAGGCCCCAACUAGUUUCUACGACAACCCCCUUUCCCUCCUGUUCUUCGCCCUUUCUGACCAGUCCGAGGACAGCGGCGAGGAAGAGCCGGAGGAGGAUGAGGAGGACGAGUUUUCUAGGGUGACUUUUGGGUCCAGGUACCUGUGUCUGGGUGCCUCUGGAGGAGGCGUGGCCUCUGAUCCCACCAGCGACCGAUUCACCAUCGAAGCUUGCAAGGAGACAGAGAUGCUGAACUACCUCAUCGAGCGCUUCGACAGCGUGGGCAUGGAGGAGAGGAAGGCUCCCAAGGUAUGCAGCCAGCCCCUGGUCAGCCAGCUGCUCAGCAACAUCCGCUCCCAGUGCAUUUCCCACGCCGCCCUGGUACUGCAGGGGGCCUUGACACAGCCUCGAUCCCUGCUACAGCACCCCCUGCUGGUCCCCUACAUGUUGUGCCGGAACCUUCCUUACGGCUUCAUCCAGGAGCUGGUCCGCAUGACUCACCAGGAAGAGGAGGUGUUCAGACAGAUAUUCAUUCCCAUCCUCCAAGGCCUGGCCCAUGCAGUGAAGGAGAGCUCAUUUGACAGUGACAGUUUUAAAUAUCCCUUGAUGGCUUUAGCAGAGUUGUGUGAAAUAAAGUUUGGGAAAACACACCCUGUAUGCAAUUUGAUGACCUCCAUGCCCCUUUGGUGCCCCGAGCCCCUGAGUGGCGCCACGGGCAGAGAGCUGCAGCGGCUGUCCUUCCUGGGCUCCUUCUUCAGUCUGUCUGUCUUCGCUGAGGACGACGCCAGAGUUGGGGACAAGUACUUCUCAGGGCCCGCGAUCACCCUGGAGAACACGCGCGUGGUCAGCCAGUCCCUGCAGCACUACCUGGAACUGGCCCGGGGCGAUCUCUUCAAGAUACUACACAACAUCCUGCUGAAUGGAGAGACCAGAGAGGCAGCGCUCAACUACAUGGCUGCCCUGGUCAACCGCAAUGUCCGCAAAGCUCAGAUGCAGACGGACGACAAGCUGGUGUCCACGGAUGGCUUCAUGCUGAACUUCCUGUGGGUGCUGCAGCAACUGAGCACGAAGAUCAAGCUGGAGACUGUCGACCCCUCGUACAUCUUCCACCCACGGUGCCGCCUGAGCGUCAGCACCGAGGAGACGCGACUAAAGGCCUCCAUGGAGGAGCUGAAGAGCUGGUUGGCCGAGAUGCAUAACGACUCAUCGAGGUUCUCAGAGCCCAAGUUCCCCACAGAGUGCUUCUUUCUGACACUUCACACCCACCACCUGUCCAUCCUGCCCGGCUGUCGGCGGUACAUCCGGCGUCUGCGGGCCAUCCGGGAGCUCAACAGGACCGUCGAGGAGCUGAAGAACAGCGAGAGCCAAUGGAAGGAUUCUCCGCUGGCUCCCAGACACAGGGAGAUGCUGAAGAGGUGCAAGGGCCAGCUAAAGAAACUGGUCCGGUGUAAGGCCUGCGCAGACGCCGGCUUGCUGGACGAAAGCCUUCUGCGCAGAUGCCUGCAGUUCUACAGCAUUGUCAUCCAGCUGCUCUUGCGCAUUGUCGACCCCGCCUACCCGCAAGUGAGCCUGCCAUUGAAUCCAGAGGUUCCCAUGGGCUUUGCUGCUCUGCCUGAAUUCUACAUCGAGGAUGUAGCUGAGUUCCUGCUCUUCAUUGUGCAGUACUGUCCCCAGGUGCUAUAUGAGCCUUGCAUCCAGGAUGUCGUCACCUUCCUGGUGGUGUUCAUCUGCAGCCAGAACUACAUCCGUAACCCCUACCUGAUCGCCAAGCUGGUAGAGGUGCUAUUUGUGACCAACCCCGCCGUGCAGCCACGCACGCAGCGCUUCGCUGAGAUGAUGGAGAACCACCCGCUGGCCAUCAAGCACCUGGUGCCCGCCCUUAUGAAGUUCUACACUGAUGUGGAGCACACGGGGGCAACCAGCGAGUUCUAUGACAAGUUCACCAUCCGCUACCACAUCAGCACCAUAUUCAAGAGUCUGUGGCAGAACAUGAGUCACCACGGCACCUUCCUGGAGGAGUUCAACUCCGGGAAGCAGUUUGUGCGUUACAUCAACAUGCUGAUCAACGACACCACUUUCCUGCUGGACGAGAGCCUGGAGUCACUGAAGCGUAUCCAUGAGGUGCAGGAGGAGAUGAAGAACAAGGAACAGUGGGAGCAGCUGCCCAGGGAGCAGCAGCAGAGUCGGCAGUCCCAGCUGACUCAGGACGAGCGGGUGUCCCGUUCAUACCUGGCGCUGGCCACCGAGACCGUAGACAUGUUCCACCUGCUCACCAAGCAGGUCCAGAAGCCCUUCCUGCGACCCGAAUUAGGCCCCCGUUUGGCGGCCAUGCUGAACUUUAACCUGCAGCAGCUAUGCGGGCCCAAGUGCCGGGAUCUGAAGGUGGAGAACCCAGAGAAGUAUGGCUUUGAGCCCAAGAAGCUGCUAGAUCAGCUGACCGACAUCUAUCUGCAGCUGAACUGCGCGCGAUUCGCCAAGGCCAUCGCCGACGACCAGCGGUCGUAUAGCCGCGAGCUGUUCGAAGAGGUCAUAUCCAAGAUGAGGAAGGCGGGCAUCAAGUCGACGAUCGCUAUUGAGAAAUUCAAGCUGCUUUCGGAGAAGGUGGAGGAGAUCGUCGCCAGGAACUCCCAGUCAGAAAUCGAUUACAGCGAUGCCCCAGAUGAGUUCAAAGACCCGCUCAUGGAUACCCUAAUGAGCGAUCCUGUGAGGCUUCCCUCUGGGAACAUUAUGGACCGGGCCGUGAUCCUGCGACACCUGCUCAACUCUUCCACAGACCCCUUCAACAGGCAGCCACUGACCGAGAGCAUGCUCGAGCCAGUGCCAGCCCUGAGGGACCGCAUCCAGGCCUGGAUGAGGGAGAAGCAGGGGGCACGCUACCUCCAGUGAUGCCUCCUCUCCCCACACCCAUCGCCCUUCACCCACCCCACACCCAGUGUUCCACAGACCCAUGCACCAUCUGCAAGGGUGGGGGGGGGACCAAAGACCCGAUCCCUCCCCCCCCCAGCUCUUUUUGGUUCUGUUUCUUUUGUUGGUUUUGUAAAGCAGAAUCCUGAAUGGCAGUCUGCUCUGAGCAUAUUGAGUCGAAUAAAGAAUAGACUUUUAAAA